AUGGAAAACAUUAUUGAUGUGGAGGACGGAAAGAAAUUUUUGUUUUGGCUAGAUGAUUGGCUAAAGAACGGGACUUUGGCAGUGAAAUUCCCCUAUUUAUAUGAAUUAGACAAGAGGAAAACUUGCCUUUUAGGUGACAGAUGGGUGAAUGGUGUUUUAUCGUGGGCUUGGAAGCGGAAACCCAACAAUUCUCAGGAGCUGCUAGAAUUGAAAUUUAUUUUGCAUGUUACAAGGAUGGUUGUGAGAUCCAAUGGGCCUGACACUUGGAGAUCAAGGUUGACUGUUGAUGGCUCUUUCCGUGCAUGCGAUUUUAGGUCCCUCAUUAACAGUAAAUUGACUAUCCCGAUAAAUAACCCCACGCUUUGGCUUCACUUAGUUCUAAUCAAGUGCAUUAGUUUUCUUUGGAGAGCUUGUAUGGGGUGUAUUCCUACUGCAGUGGCUCUUUCCAGGAGAGGUACCAUCACGUCUUCUACUUCCUGUCAAUUGUGCUUUAGUGGUGUGGACACUGCAGAUCAUAUUCUCUUGGAUUGCUCGAUUGCUUUUGAUUCUUUAUGCCGGAUUUUCAAUUGGUGUGACAUUUCUAUUCAAAGGUUCCUUUCGAUUUCAAAUUUUGUUAAUUUUGCUAUCUCAUUGGGGAACAGUCCAAAAAAGAGAAAAAUAUUUAUUGCUAUCUGCUAUGAGUUUCUAUGGUGUAUGUGGAAAGCAAUGUACCACGUUUGGUUUAACAGAACCCAAGUGAACUUUUCAAAGUUGGCGGAUAAUGUGAUUUCUAUGGUUUUUAGUUAG